UAUAAAUAUCAACAAACUUAUAGCAUUCACAGAGAAGUAGCUGCUUAUUAAGCUAUAAGCUGUUCUUGCCAUUUAAUUUGCGAGUAUAAUCUUGAAUAUAUAGAGCGAUCAAGAUGGAGGAUUUAGCACCUGGGAUACGUUUUUACCCUACAGAAGAAGAGCUGGUUUCGUUUUAUCUGCAUCAUAAGCUAGAAGGGAACAGAGAGGACUUGAAUCGGGUCAUGGGUCGUGUUAUACCUGUCCUUGAUUUAUAUGAGUACAGUCCAUGGGACCUUCCACAAUACGCAGGAGAGUACUCCCAUAGAGAUCCUGAACAAUGGUUUUUCUUUAUCCCAAGACAAGAAAGCGAGGCCCGUGGAGGGAGGCCAAAGCGACUCACGACUGCUGGGUACUGGAAAGCUACUGGUUCUCCUGGUUAUGUUUACUCUUCCAACAAUCGAUGUAUAGGUGUGAAAAGAACCAUGGUUUUCUACAACGGAAGGGCUCCAAUUGGACGAAAAACCGAUUGGAAAAUUAAUGAAUACAAAGCAAUAGAAGGAGAAGCAUUCUCUUCAACUACUGGUGAACAUCCAAGGCUAAGGCAAGAGUUCAGUUUGUGUCGGGUGUACAAGAAAUCAAAAUGCUUACGAUCAUUCGAUAGACGACCAAUUGGAGUGGAGAUAGGCCAGAGAAGGGCUCAGAAAAGUCAGAGUGACGGGAGGGCAAGAGCAAGCACUCAUCCAAACCCUGAAAUGGUGGAGACAAGAAGCUCACCUGAGAGUUCAUCCUCAGGAGACCAUGGCUGUUUCAAUCAAACUGGGGAAGGAAGCAGCAUGCCAAUGGCUUCUCUAGGUAAUGACCCUCUUUGGGAUUUAGACCAAUUACAUAAUUGGUUUUGUGGUGGGGAUGAUAUGUAGCUGCCAUAAUAAUGCUUUUUUCCUUUUUUUUUUAAAGCAAAUCUCCAAUAAUAAUGCUUAUAUGUAUUUUGAGCAUAAUUAACAUAGCAAAUCUCCAGCAGCUUAUAUGUAUUUUAAUAAUUAAAAUUAAAUAAUUAACACAGUAUAGUCUUUUUUUUUU